AUGAGAAUCUGGAGCUCCCUCCUCCUGGUAGUCCUCCUGGCUUUAGAGACCCAGCUGCCUGUGGCCUUGUGCAGGAACAAGGGAGAAAAAUUGGGGGGCUGCCCACCAGACGAUGGACCUUGCCUCCAGGGGACUCCUGACCAGUGCAUGAAUGACCGCCAGUGUCCCUCAUCUAUGAAGUGCUGCUCCAGAGCCUGUUUCCGCCAGUGUGUCCCCAGGGUCUCAGUAAAGCUGGGCAAGUGCCCCGUGGAUAAACUCCACUGCCUCAGUCCUAAAAAGCACACGUGUAACAAAGACUCGGACUGCUCAGGCAAGAAGCGAUGCUGCCUCAGCGCCUGUGGCCGGGACUGCCGAGACCCCAGCAAAGGUACCAUUCCUGGAGGCCAAGACAGUGUCUUCCCCUUCAGCCUAGCUCUAGUCUAG